AAAUAAAACUGAAUUUUCAUCUAAUGUUAUAAUAUUAUAUUGUAAUAACAUUUGAAAAAAUGUGUAUAAUGUAUAUAUGGGAUUGAAUCAUUUAGUAACUAGGCCUCAUCGUUGUGUUUGUGAAAUGUGAUUUUGAGGUUAUUAACGAAACAUCGGGAAAUAAUAGUUAAAAUGUUGUCAAUAAUACGACGUUAUAAAGUCAUUAAUACAAUAGGAACAUUAAAAAUUACGAAAUUAUCGUCUUCUACGAGUACUGAUGAUGAUAUAGAAUUUCGAGUAUUGCAAUUGAUGCCACCGGAAAGGAAAAUUGUAAGCAAAAGGCAACAAACAGUCACAGAAGAAAGUAUACUAACAAAAUUGAGAAAUGAAAUACCCAAUCAAGACUGGCAGACGAUUUGGCCCGCUGCACGAUCAUUUCACCCUGAUAUCGUGCCGUUUCCUUUACAACAAGGAUACAAAAAUAAAGAAGGCGUACAUCCUGGCAAACACGGGAAUGCAGAGCUAUUGAAAAUCCCAAACUUUUUACACCUUACUCCACCGAUAGUAAAGAGACAUUGCGAAGCAUUAAAGAAGUUUUGCACCAAAUGGCCAAAACAAUUGGAAACGGAUGAAGCAUGUGUAAAGCACUUUCCCGUUGAAGUAAUUACAUCAGAUUACUGUUACUCUUCACCUACGAUAAGGGAACCUCUCGCUAGAAUAGUUAGUUUGAGAGUAAAAUUAUCUUCUUUACAUUUGGACACUCACGCCAAAGAUAAAAUACUUAGGUUACUGGGUGAUAGAUAUAAUCCUGAAACAGGUAUAAUAACGAUAAUUGCAGACAGAUGUCCAACUAGAAAACAGAAUUUAGAUUAUGCAAAAUACCUUUUAACUGCGUUAUAUCAUGUGUCUUGGCGUUUUGAACCAUGGGAAAUGGAGAAGUCUGCAGUAGAUAUGGAAUAUUAUGACUGGGAUAAAAGUAAAAGCAGAGAAUCUUUAACAUCUAUGUACAGUUGGCCAAGUACGCCAGCUGACUCUAGCUAUGAAUACAUCCCACAUGCAACGGAAUAUAAAAUUGCAGUUUCUGAUUUAAUAAAUAAAGGAGAAGAUCUUGUUUCACUUAACAAAUAUAAACAAGCUGUUAAAAGUGUAUUAAAUCUGAAAUUUGACGAGACUAUGGAAUAAAUAAAUAAAUGUAAACAACAAGAGUGUAAUACUCGUUAUUAUUGUUGCUGAAUAUUCAUG